CAGAGCGCUGAGGGAUCUGCAGUGAGUUUGACAGAGCUCUGAGGGAUCUGCAGUGGGUUUGACAGAGCGCUGAGGGAUCUGCAGUGGGUUUGACAGAGCGCUGAGGGAUCUGCAGUGGGUUUGACAGAGCUCUGAGGGAUCUGCAGUGGGUUUGACAGAGCGCUGAGGGAUCUGCAGUGGGUUUGACAGAGCGCUGAGGGAUCUCCAGUGGGUUUGACGGCUCCAGAGACUCUGACAAGACUCCACUGCUCUGGAAGGGCUCCAGGAGGUCUGAGGCGGCUCUGAGAGGGCUGUAAGCCCCAACCUAUUCUCCACACAAGGAAGAAAAUCCAUCUCCUUCUUUUCCUGGCUGUAACGUUUUGAAUUGCUGAUAAAAUAGAGGGACUGCAGAGUAACUUAAACAAGCAAUACAGUCGAGGGGGCACAUAAGUCAGUUAGUCCCACACUAAUGAGGCACAUUUCAAAGUUAUUUGUCAUUUAUUGUAAAGUUUCAUGGCAUACUGCUGGGAUCCUCCACAGCCUCACCUGCUCCUCUCCUAUUUGAAGCAUUUCAACAUCACACUGUCCAUGUGUCACUUAUUUACAGAAAUUAGAUGAAAUUAUUCCAACAAUCUGACUCUGUUCUUUCAAAAUCUAUGUCCUUAAGAGAAAUAGAAAUUUACAAAAUAAUUUGACAAUUUUACUCAACAGGAGAGGUCCAUGAAUAGUACCUGACGCCCUGAAUCACACUUGCCUCACUUUCCCCCGGGUAUUUCUGCAGACCCAAAUCUUGUUGGUAGCUCACAAGGCAUUGUUCCAGUCCCACUUUUCCCCUCAUUGCUGUGGAUCACUUUGGUCUGGGAUCUCCAGGCAAGGCCAGGAAUCCCCAGCACCAAGCACAGACAAAAACAAAGGGCUGUGGCCCAGCUGUGCUGUAUUUUUGCCAGAGGGAUGUAAAGAGGAGCAGGAAUGUGGACAGAGCUGAUCUGUACCUUGCAGACCACCCCCACCGAACUGACCGGUGUAUCACAGGGCCGGGAGCACUGUAAUGACAGGACAGGGCCAUUCCCUCAGCCCCAGGUGUGCAUCAUCAGCCAGAGAGGCCAGGAUUUGAAAAGUGCCAGUAUUCCAGAAUCUCACCAUGAAGGUAUCCUCCCCUCUUUGGAAUUCCCUAAAGGACCCUGCAAAGAUGCAGUGCUGGCCAUGCCAUCUGAUACACCUGAAUGCAAAAGUCAUCCCUCAUGGACUAGGCUUAAGGAAUGGAGGGGGAGGAGGGCACAGAAAUCUCUGUCAGGUUACAAAAAGCACUUGUCUGGAUUGCAGAAACCAGCUCCCAGUUCCAGUUUUACCUGAAAACAUCUGCUUUAGCCACCAGCAUCUUCAACAGGCUGUUGGUAUCAGUAAAGGCCCAAUUAAAAUAUCUGCAGUGCAUUGCCAUUUCCUGCCUUGUCCUUGCAGCAAAAAACAAUGAAGAUGAGGUAAUACCAUCAGUGCAGAUGCUAGAGAUGCAGAGCAGAUGUAAACACUCUCCAGCUGACAUGUUAAGAAUGGAAAGAAUUACACUGGAUAAGCUUCAGUGGGAUCUUUACACAGCAACACCAAUGGAUUUCUUAAACAUUUUCCAUGCCAUGGUGAUGUCCAGCUGGCCCCAUCUCCCACCCAGACUGCCUUAGAGGAAUCCUUCCCUCCACGUUGCACUCUUGACCAAGCAGCUGCAGCACUGUAUGGCCUGCCACCAACUCGUGCAGUUUAAGGGCUCCACGUUGGUUUUGGUGAUCAUCACUUUGGAACUGGAGAGGCAGACUCCUGGUUGGUUUGCUGUUACUACUGAUCUGCUAAAAAAAGCACAGGUGAACAGCACCGAAUUCAUCCACUGCAAAGAGUUUGUGGAUCAAGAGUUAAUGUGCUUGCAGCCACCCAAUACUGUUUAUAUUUUCUAUCAUAGCCAAGCUGUGCAGGGCCAUCCCAAGACAAGGCUACCCUGCCAUCAUCCUUCUGAAAGGAAGAGUUCCCAUCAGGGGAGGUAGAGGGUUGCUGUAAGCCAGCCUGUUUCAGCACCUUUCACACCAAAUGAAGCCCAAAUUCCUGAUCAAACCAUCGAGACUCAAGAGUGCUGUGAUUCAGUCACCUGCACCGUGAGGAUGGGGAAGUGAGUGCUGGGAGGAUGAACACAGGAGGCUCAUGCCCACAUCAGAGCUGCCUGUCCUCCCUUACAGCCAACCAAAAAGGACUGGAGAAUUAUUGCCUUGGAAGCAGCACCUGCAGAACCAGGAGGUCCCAGCAAACACAACAGCCAAAACAACAGGGCAGAAGUGUCACUGUGCUUCUCAGAGGAUAAAGACAGCUGUUAUUAUCAGUCUAUUCUUUAUGUUCUUGCUAAGCAGUAUGUGCUACCCCUCAGUUUUAAGAUUAUGUAAAGACAGAAAGCUGGGGAGAGGAGGGACUCAGUCGCAGUCCUUCAACCCAGGGAUCCAGUUGGCAAGUAGCUACAAACUUCGUGGAGAACCAAAUGCCUCAGAGUUUAUUUUUAAAAUAGCCAUGAUGAAGUUUGACAGAUUGAGCCUUUCAUCCAGCUCAUACCAUUGUUCUCUCAUUAGAGCUAAUCUGGCUCAGCCCAUGGGAGCCUGAACAGGAGCUGCUGUUGAGGAAUGAACAACUCCCACUGCUGCCUCUGCAGGAGAUCUCAGAAGGAACCAAGGCUUUGAUUUAGCAGUGAGAAGCUUGAAUCAAACCUCCAGUUUCCCUUAAGGCCUUACCUUGUAAUCCAGGGGUCUGGGAUCUGUGCUUUGUCCUGGUUAAACCAUUACAGACUCAAUCACAGUUCUUAUGAAAUGUGGGAAAUCACUUCUUGUCUACAAUCACCAUUGUCUUGGACUCUCACCAACCAGUGCUGGUCAGGGUUUUCAAAAUUUAUUCUGUUUUACCAGACUAGACAAUAUAAAAUGCCUUUAAUAAUUCCCCUCCACCACUAUAACCACAUUUCUUAAAAAUUGCUUAACCUUCACAGCAAAGUGGUUUCACAAAGGUCAGAUUAAACCACUCUUGCACUUUUAAAAACCAGCUUUACACACACUUUAAAAUUAGUGCAGGUUUUGUUUUAAACAAAAAGGCAUUUUUAGGUGAUUGUUACCCUAGCUUGAGGGUAUUAUCCAGCCAGUACAGGAUGGGUAACAGCACCACACCUGCCGUCCUGUCACAGAACAGGAGCGGGUUUCAUAUGGACUGGCACAGGCUAAAUACUGAGCAGGUGUCUCAUGUAAUGACAUGGGAUAAAAAACUUGGAGACAGAGUUGGGACAGGAGGAAGGAGACCCUCAUGCUGUAGAACAGCAGAGCUCAUCAGUGCAAGAAGAAAGUUUCUGGCCUUCUCCCCUUCCUCAUUGUCUUAUCUUGUAGGAGAGGGAUUCCUGAAUGUGAACCAUGCAGGACUGAUGUGCUGAGCAGCUGUUCACACUUUUUCAAGUGUUACAUUUGCCAGAGUGAGCUCUGAGAACACAGUGAGUUCUGUGUGUGCAGGGAGAAAGUCAUGUUGCUCUUUAAUCCACAAAGGAAGUGCCCAAGUGUUCCAGUAACAUCCAGUAAUGGAGACUUAGUACAAAUAACCUGUGUGAACAGACAUGACUUGAACCAGCAAUGAAAGCCACAGAAUUCCCAUGAGCCAGGUCAAAGCUACCUGAAGCUGUGGAUGUUGUGCUGAGGGAGGGCUCUGCCUGGAAUGCUGCAGGAGCAGGGCUCAGGGGGCUGGUUUAGACCACAUGAGGUUUGUGAGGCCCCCACAUACUCUGGGGUCAGGCGUGCUUGGGACAUGGUAUUUAUUUAUGCUACCACAGGGAAGGUUUUCAUUUAAUGGUAGGACUCUUUCCUCCUUCUGAGCAGUACCUUCCUUUUUUCUCACAGGCUGUGAGUUGACUGCCUGGCUUUUGAAUGGAAGCAAGUUUUCCACUAAAUAAAACAUAAGCUUGGUCUGCCUGUUCUCUGUGGCUCUGGAAUAGCCCAGCUGAAAGGUGAUGCCCACACCGAUCCCUGCAGAAAACUGGGCUGUGUGAUGGACUCUGCUUCCCUCCCUUCUAUCUCAAGCAUUGUCACCAGCUGCAUUUACCUGUGGAAAUGCCAGCAGCAGAGUUCUACAUAAGUAAUUAACAUGCUAUAACUUUACAUCACAACAAUUGUAACCUCAUUUUUUUUCCCCCCACAGCUUUGAGCCUAUGUAUGUAGUUAUUGCCUAUAGCUGGAUGACAUGUCGAAACCCAUGAACAAACCUGCUUUUCAAAAUCUCUGCAUAUCUCUAAAAUCAACAUUCAAAAGUAUGCAUUAACAGGGGUUAAUUCUAAAAGAUAAAGGCAGUGCUGGAAGGCCCUUCAGGGCUCCAUGUUCCCGGUCAGGGUGCAAGAUGCUACACUGGGAUGGGAACAGUUCACCUGGAGCCUGCCUGCACUCCCAGGACACACAGCUGCUUCUCUCUGGCAGCACAGCUCCCUCCCACACAUCUCUUCCAGCACUGUAGUUACCAUGAAGGAACAAAUACUUCUGUCUUGGUUUCAACAGGCUAAAAAUGUAACUUACCUUUAGCAUUCCUGCUAUCACCCAGAAUGGAGCUUCCUACCCCAAAGAAUGAGCUGCCAGGUACAGGAAGGAGCUGCUUUUGCACAGGACCAUUCUUGUUACAAAAGGAGCUUUUUGGAUAGUGAGAAUAACACAAAUUCUCUUUUUUUUUCCUCACAGAACAGGGCUGGAAGCUUUAAUACCUUUCCCCUCCCUGCCUGGACAAGUAAUGAGUGACGAGAUGAACACUCCCCACACACAGCAGUGACAGGAACAAUUAUUUUUCCCAGUGAGUUUCAGAGGGGAUGACAUCUCACCUGUGUGCCUGCCUGUUUGGACUGUGUAUACAGCAUGAAUUUAUUCCAACUGCAGCUCUGUUGCAUUGUGUUAAGAUACAUGGUAUAUUUCUGGGGCUCUCCCCCUGAUCUAUAGCAUCUUAGUUCCUUCUCCCCUACCUCCCUGAUUCCUCCCUUGUAGUUUUUUCCUGUUGCUUGUAACCUGUUCUCACUAACCCCUUCUCCCUCGGUUCAGAAGCCAACACAGGACAUGAUUCUUGCUCUUUUCCUGCCCUGGACAUCUUCUGAUUAAAGCUGGGACUCUGUCCCACCAGAAAAGA